AUGGUUUACAACACCAAGCCCAGUGCUUCAACUGGGGCUAUGAAACGGUCCGCUUCAUCUUUAAAUGAAGGCCCUCCGGGUUGGGAUGUGGCUCCUCCUAUGAUGGCCCAAUCUCGGUCCACUUUCCGCCUGCCUUAUGCCCAUUAUGCUAUGAUUUACGUCGACAGCGAAGGCAAGCUCAAGUGUGACGAGUCUGCCUCUAUUCAAGAACGAAACUCAACUCUUUUCACUUCUGAAGUUCGCCAAAACUUCCUCGAAAUUGUUGGUGAGAGAGCCGGCAUCCAGCCUUCUGCCCGCCGUACUCUGGAGGCAUCGCCUCGCCGAGUUCGUCGCCGUCGCGGAGAUGCGCCUGGUACCUCAGUCACUGAUUCUCGCUACGAUGAUGCUUCCGAUAAUGAUGACUACGCUUCUAAUGGAUCCACUGAUAAGGUUCCUAUCCGCAUCGGAGAUAUUCAAAAGGUCAUGGCCUAUUACGAGGGUGCCUUCAAGCACUUCCAACAACUCAACUGCCGCAUGGUCGCCAAGGCAUUCAUUAAGUACAUUGAGCCUCGCAAGCAAGUGAGACAUCCUUACAACGGAGGAAAGCCCUCGGCAGGAGCUCCUCCUGGCUCUACAGGUGACCCAGAAAAGACUAAGCCUGAGUGGUGGCCCCCGGGUGUUAUGCACAAGGAGCCCGAUCACCUUCGCAAAGAGUACCGCAUUGAGCUGCUCAUCCACAUCAUUCGCAAGCUCAGCAGCUUUGGAAUCACGGCCGAUAAGCUUAAGGAAGUCGCUAGCGACACCAAGCGAAGCCUGAAGCACCCUUCCCACAUUGAGAUCAUUAAUGAGAUCCUGCGAUUAAGAAAGAUGGAAGAGCGAUUCGAGCGUGGUGAAGUUGAUGCCAAUAUGGUUGUCUUUGUUCAAAACCGAGGACCCAGCCCCAAGGGCGACUGUGACGAGGAAGAAGACACAAACGAGCCUAGAAGGUCAUCACUAGAAGCUCCCGACCUGAUUGAAGACGUCCUGACACCCACAUCAUCUGUCGAGCAACUCGGCCCAAUGACCACCCCCAUCGACUCCCUUUCCCUCGCAAGUCGCACAUUACCCAGCAGCUACCCAAUGGCCCCCGACAUGAGCUUUGAUGGCGCUCGACAAGACCGACCCUUCUACAAUACCCCACCUCAAUACGCAGAGUCCUUUUCCCAGACAAUGCUCAGCACCCCCGUCACCGUCACCGCAGAGAUGAUCAGCCCCCACGACGUUUCCGUCUACGACUACUCCCAGCUCCCCUUCUCCACAUCCAGUCCGGAGCAGCAGCGCAACUCAGCUUCAGGUCACUACGCUGAUCCCUGGGGCCCACCCACAUUCCGCCAGAACGUCUUCAACCCUGUUGACUACGGUGCCCCGCCACACAGCCAGCCCGUGGGCGCAUACCACACACCCAUGGCCUCGCCAGCUCACAUCACAGAAAUGUCGCACCCACAAAAUCCCCACCACUACACCCAUUCCCCAAUGGACCCCAUGGCACAAAGGGCUUUGCCUUUCCGCACUGGAUCGCUAGGACACCCCAACCACCAUGGGCUGCCAUUGUCCCACCCUGCCUAG